AAAAUCGGAAAUUCCUGCUUGAGCUGCGACCCGCUGUACGUGGCCGACAUACAGCCUCGACCACUGAAGAUAUUUCCGCACUGCAUCCGCCUUUAGUAGACGAGUCAGGUCGACCGCGGGUAGCCCCCAACCCUCUGCCUCAUCUACUGCGCAUGUCAGUGGCACAGGCAGAAGCAGGUCUCCAUUCACACACAGACACACGGCGCUCGGUCGUGCGGCAUGCGGAGAGUCCCUGUCAUUGUGUUCAGACCCAGCGAGACCAAGCGAGACCACCUCAACCAUGAGUGUUUCUUCUCAGGCCCUACACACUAGACAGACAGUGGUGUAGUGGGGAAGCGAGUCUGUGUGGUGGGACUGGCUUCAAUCCAACACUGGAUUUUAUUCAAGCCAGCUUUGUUUUCGCACAAGUCGAGUCUUAAACGCCUCUCAAUCUGUAUUUUACUUCCAACCCACAUCGGGUUUGACCUGCAGUCACUUGAGAUUUCACAGAAUCUUCAGUCUGCCCUCCUCCCCCACAUGGGCAUCAGAUGAGUCGUAGAGAGAGGGAGCCAUGGGGCAGCACUUGUCGAGAUGGAGCGAUGACAGUUACAACAAUAACAAUAAUAGCAAUAACAACAAUGUUGCCGUCGUCAAUGGCACGAGUCCGGAAAGACACGGAGACUCGCGACGGUCACCUCGCGGACAGCAAAACAAGCGAAAACCGCACGUGGUGACAGACGACGACCUGGUGCGAGCCACGCAUGACUGUCUGAAGCUCAUCAAUACCUGGUUUCCCGAGCGAUGUUCGCGCACGUACUUCAUGCCACCUGUGCACAUGAACACCGUCAAAUACAAGACGUGGCUGGGCGGCGAAGGGACUGCGCAUGCGCGGGGUCUGGACGUGCAGGCGGUGCAGGGGACGAUGGAGAGCGACUGGCGGGAUGAUGAGGUCAUGCAGAGGACGCUGCACUGCCUGCGACGCCUGGGUGAUUUCUUGAAGGAGCCGAUGGUGGUUAUUCUCCAGAUGGAUCAGGACAACUACCUCAACAAGCCCAGGUAUUCAGCUCUGACCUCUAAGUACCCACGUCCUAGCGAACUAACUGAGAAACUGCGCCGCGGUGACUUUGAUCUUCUAUUCGUGCACCUGCGGUACGGACUCAUUGUCGCCGAGAUGAAAUCAGUUGGCUGGCGACCAGGUCAGCAACAGGAUGACGCCACUGUGGCCAAGAAGCUGGAGCUGGCCAUCAAGCAGCUGAAAAAGUCAAAGGAGGUGCUGCAACACCUGGUGUCAGAUCUUCGGCCUCAGCCCGCCAUUCGCAGGUGCCUAGUGCUGCCCAACGUCAGCAGUCAGCGCCUGACGCAACUUCUGGAUACGAACCCCAUCCUGAGCCAGGAACUUCGCACUUGUUUCGGAGCAUCCAGUGUGACAGACGCUGUGUCCCUCUGCCUCUGUUCCGACCUGAUGACGUCAAGAGAGCAGCCCGCUGACGUCACAGACGCCAUUUUGCAACGCAUGCAGAAAUGGUGGAAUCGCCUGGUGACUAGUCAGGGAAUCGGGGGAGAGGGUACGCCGGAAAUUUACGACUAUCUUCUGGCCAGAUUCUGCGGCCCUGCAAGUACAGUGAAGGUGUACUGCGUGACGUCACCGAGCCUGGAAAUUCGGACGUUGGGUGACGCUGUGUCGGAGACCGGAGAGCGAAUGGUGCAGUUCGCACUCUUCCCGGAGCAGCUGGCGCUCUUGGAGAGCUCAAACCCCUGCGUUUACUUAACGGGCCCACCUGGCACAGGUAAAACUCUCAUCCUGGUCCUGCGGACCGUGCUGUGGGCGCGCCAGGGUCACGUGGUACACGUGGCCAGCACGGGCUCCUUCAGUGAGGCAGCCACACAGCUCAUUUUUCACCAGGCUACUAAGACGCUGGAGGAUAUAGACAAAGAGGCUGUCGCCAACGUUCAGCUGCUCCUUAACGGCAACAAGCGCGAGAUCGAGUCUGUCGUCACAUCCCUCACAGAGUCCUGCCAGAACGGACAACUCUACGUCAUCGCCGACGAGGCGGAUGGCAUGUUCACGGAGUUUUUUACGAAGCUGAAAAACAACGUGUCCGACCUGCACGUGUGGGCGGCCUCCUACCACCACCAGCACCGCCCGCCCAACAUGGACGAGGAGAGGCUGACGGUGUCGCUGCGCUGCCCCCCAGCUGUCAUGCGCCGAGUGGAGACAGCCGUGUCCUUCACUAACAACGCCAUCUACAGGUUUAACACCACCUUGGAUCCGGAGAAUAUUCGCCCUCCUGUGACGGAUGGUCCGCCGGAACUGCUCCUCUCUCACCUGGAUCACAGUGAGCAGUUCGCAAUGAACUGUGAGCAGUGUGGCCUUGACAUUGGGCAUUGCCUUCUAGAGAAGCUGGCAGUCGGUCAGAAGCAACGGGUAGCAACAAUUAAAGCUCCACCCGCUCUUCAAUACCGAGACAUAAUGGUGAUUCCUGACUGGUAUCAGAAUGUGGAAGACCUUCAUGACGAGGAACGACUUCCAUCAGGGGAAGUCACUAAGGAAGCUUCCGGUAUAGUGCGCGGUUUGCGAAAGAUGGGACUUCCAGUGAUGGUAGUGACCAGCGGCGAUCAAGAAGCCAUCCAGGAUGUGGUCCGCUCGCUGUCGGACGUCGUAGCAGUGGUCGGGUGGGGGGUGGUCAACGGACUGGAGCGCAAGGUGGUGGUGUCCGUGGGGGAGGGAAGGGAGAUGAGCGAUGGGAGCGUCAGUGGGGUCCUGCACGGUGCCUCCCGCUGCACGGCGCAGCUUAUUUACGUGAAGUGCCCGGAGUAAACGAUGAUGGCGGAGAGGUUGUAGCUAAUCUGAGACAAUCUUGCCGUACACGCGAACGAGAGUGGAAAAAGAGAGGUAGAGAGGGAGCACGAAUUAACGACUUUACUGGUCAGUCCAUAUCACCGACAAUUCCGUUUAAUAUAAAUGUCGUGUGUUUAGAUAUACAGUGUAUAUAUGAAUCAUAUCAUAUGUAAGAACAUUGUAUUUUGAUCAUCAACGGAACAUCUUGGCGCGCGUGCACGUAUGUGCGUGAGAGAGAGAAAAUGUGUGUGCGUGCGUAUAAUUCCAUCAGACUUUUUUUUUAAAAGAGCAGCGUGCAUGUGAAAUCGAGCAUGACAAACAAAUUUUGGAAUUGCAUUUAUCCGACGUUCAAAAUGUCUAGUUAACCUAUUUUUUCUAACUUUUGUGAAUUUAAGUGUGUGUUGCUAUGUCAUGAAUUCCUCUGUAUAUAUUCUGCUAUACUCAGGCUGGUAUUUGCGAACAGUGAGUCUUUUGGACAUAACAUAUGCUGGGUGAUUUUAGGGUUUUAUGCCUGCAUUAAAUUGUCUGCUAACAAUACAACUUGAGGAUUAGUGCCAUAAUAUUGACAUUUUUAACCUGAUAUCCAGGUCUAAAAGCAUACUACCCAAUCAGCGGAAAAAUCGUUAUUAUCAUUUUCAACAUAAAAGAGUUAUUAUUUUUUUGUUUAAAAGAAAUAUUUAGGAAUGCUUCUAGAUUCUUAACUUGUUUUCUUAAGCAAAGUAACAGUAUCUCCAAAGCAAGAAAACCAGAAACUGUCGAUGCAAAGUUCCAGGUAUGUGCAGCGCGUUCUCAAUCGCCGGCGUGUGUCCAUGAGUUGGUCAGUUUGUUCUCGCGUCCUGCAGCUUAGGUUGUGGCAUUAGCGGUGCAUUCUGCUCAGUCUCCCUACCACACAGCAUCCAACAUUCCGAGACAUGUUGAAUUUUUCUUUUUUGCUCUGAUGAAAGUCUGAGCAAUCUUAAAUUGGUGGGUGCGAAGGUCACAGAAGUGUUCUUGUGCGCAUGCCUGGACCUUUUCAUCGACAGACGACGCUUCUAGUUAGCAAUUCAAAUAUUUGAAAACUGUUCAGAAUGUUCCUAAUGCUUCAUCCUGGUGGUGGAGGGUACAUUUAUAAAAUAACUUUUGCAUUUAAUGUAAAAUGUCAACUGUAUAUUUGUUUUAGUCGAUUCUCCAUGACAAACCAGAAAACAGAGUAAUUACUUUUGUUAAUAAUUUAUUUUUUCGAAGUUUAGGUCUUUUAUAUUCCAGCACUGGAAUGUUUAUCCUCAUACUAGGCCUGUGUUAUGUCCGUUAGUCGUUUUACAACACUGUAUAGUCACUGCCAGGCAUCCAGCUCUAGGAGUUGUAAACUGUGAUACUUUGUCCGGGUGAGGCAUUUCUCAUUCCCAAACAAAGGCUAAAAUAUGUUUUUUGCUUCCUUGUUGAAAAGUAAUAAAUCUAUUAAAUAAAAUUAAUUACUCAAAAGCUUUAAGAGAUUUUUCACUCUUUAAAAAUGAUUUUACGAUGUACAAAGUUAGCUUGGGUUGGUGGGCUCGAUAUAGACAUAUAUCAACAAAGCUCCGUUGUGUUCCAGCAUGCAUUGUUAAGUGUCUUAAGACAAAUAACCAUCAGAGUGUUUUUCAUUCCAUGAUAAUCAUUUUUAUGUACAGUUUUAAAUUAUUUAUACUUCUGAAAUGUUUGAUUGUUGAUUUUUAACACUGUUAUUAUUACAUAUGACUUCUUUUUCUUUGGUUUUUAUGUGCAGCAUUGUAAUUCUGCCCUGAAGUUUUCUCAGUUAUCAGCAUUUUACGGAAUAAACAGUCCUGCAGUAUUAUUAUAACACUUUUAUGUUAGUGUGUGGCAGCUGUUCACAUUGCCGAAUCUGAGAGCAAAGAAGAGAUCCGAUUACAGAAAAAACAGAAUAAAGCUUCACCUGGAGUCACAAUUCGGACAGCAAGUAAAAACAAUUGAAUACACGGACCUAAAUUCUGUGAGUUAAUCUGCUUUUUGUCAUUUGAAGGUUUUGUUUCCAGCAUCAGUGUUGAUUGAAGUAGAGAUUCAAAAUAAGUUGCACUAGUUAACAAAACGCAUGUGUGUGUAUGUGGGGGGUUUUUUUGUUGUCUUUUUCUGUAACUGUCGGCUAUAAAACACAUUGAACUCUCUACCGGAUACAUUAACCACGUUAUCAUCAUCAUCAUCAUCAUCAUCAUCAUCAUCAUCAUCAUCAUCAUCAUCAUCAUCAUCAUCAUCGUCGUCGUCGUCGUCGUCGUCUGUGCUUCAUUUAGCCUGGUAAGAACAAUUCCUGCCAUUUCUCCAAUUCGGUUUUUUCCACCUCCACUUUUUUUUUCCACAGACCUUUUUUCGUCUGCAUUCAGUAAUCAUUGACUGUCAGCAUAAACAAGGGUAAUAUAAUGUUUGAACUGGAGUAAAUAUGGCUUGUUCAUGUAUUCUUUGUCCAAAGUUGUUUUUAAGGGAUUUUUCAACAUGCUCUGUGCAGUUUAUUAAUCCGUGCUGUUGAUUUUAUUGAUGAGAGGUUUGUUAACUAAUUUGACAGUCUGACGCUGCUGAACAUUUUAUUUGUGUGGUCUGGAUUACAGACACGAACUGUACUAAUCAUUAUUAAAUUCAUCGAUUGGU